GAGUUAUGCUGCAGAGGAGUGGGCUGUUGUGGCUUGCUGUGUUGAUAACCCUGUGGGUUUCCUCAAAUGCUCAGGAUGGUGACAAGGAAGAGGAGACUGCCUUUGAUUUACUUCAAAUCAGUAACAUAAACCGAAAGACAGUUGGAGCAAAAUUGUUUCGGGGUCCAGACCCCGCUAUCCCAGCAUAUCGUUUCAUUCGGUUUGACCAUAUACCUCCAUGUAAACCAGAGAAAUUAAAAAAGAUUGUCAAACUCAUACGGCAAAAUGAGGGCUUUAUCCUUUCAGCCACCCUGAGACAGGACAGGCAAUCUAGAGGCACUAUCCUUGCUUUAGAGGGUCCUGGCAUCAGUGAGAGGCAGUUUGAGAUCAUUUCCAAUGGCCGGGCCAACACCCUGGACCUUAUCUAUUGGGUGGAUGGCUUCCAGAAUGUGAUUUCCCUGGAGGACGUGGACCUUGCCGACUCGCAGUGGAAGAACCUCACCGUGCAAAUAACAGGGGAGAACUACAACCUCUAUGUUGGCUGUGACCUUAUUGACAGCUUCAUCCUGGAGGAGCCUUUCUAUGAGCAGCUGAAAGCAGAGAACAGCAGAAUGUAUGUGGCAAAAGGGUCCAUUCGGGAGAAUCAUUUCAGGGGUCUUUUGCAAAAUAUUCAGUUAAUCUUUGAUACCUCAAUAGAGGAUGUUCUGCGUAAAAAAGGAUGCCAGAGAAGCCAGUCAACUGAAGUGAACACCAUCAACGAGAGCACUGAAAUCCUUCACUUGAGCCCUGCUGUCACCACCGAGUACGUGGGGGAGAAGCCAGAGAAGAAGGCUGAGUUCUGUGACCGCUCCUGUGAAGAGCUGGGAACGAUGUUCACAGAGCUCACUGGCCUGCGCAUCGUGGUGAACAACUUAGCUGAUAACCUCCAAAAAGUGUCUGAAGAGAACCAAAUUAUGUGGGAAUUGAUUGGGCCUAACAAAACACUGAAGAACCAGUCGGUUUGCUGGCAGGAUGGCCGUGUCUUUGCAGAUAAUGAAAGCUGGAUUGUAGAUAGCUGCACCAAAUGCACCUGCCAGGAUUCAAAAAUUGUGUGCCAUCAAAUCACCUGCCCAGCAGUCUCCUGUGCCGAUCCAUCUUUUAUUGAAGGCGAAUGUUGUCCAGUCUGCUCUCACUCUGAUGACAGUGAGGAAGGCUGGUCACCGUGGUCAGACUGGACAAAGUGCUCAGUUACCUGUGGCUCUGGGACUCAGAUGCGAGGAAGGUCGUGUGAUGUCACCAGGAGUGCUUGUACAGGCCCGCACAUCCAGACAAGGAUGUGCAGCUUUAAGAAGUGUGACCAUCGCAUACGUCAAGAUGGUGGCUGGAGUCACUGGUCUCCCUGGUCUUCCUGUUCAGUUACCUGCGGAACAGGAAAUAUCACCCGCAUCCGCCUCUGCAAUUCCCCUAUCCCCCAGAUGGGUGGGAAAAACUGUGUGGGAAACGGGCGUGAAACAGAGAAGUGUGAGAAGGUUCCAUGUCCAGUGAACGGUCAGUGGGGUCCUUGGUCUCCAUGGUCUGCCUGCACUGUUACCUGUGGAGGAGGAAUUCGUGAGAGGUCUCGCCUCUGUAACAGUCCAGAGCCACAAUAUGGAGGAAAGCCAUGUGUGGGAGAUACCAAGCAACAUGAUAUGUGCAAUAAGAAGGAUUGCCCAAUUGAUGGGUGUUUGUCAAAUCCUUGCUUUCCUGGAGCAGAAUGCAACAGUUACCCAGAUGGGUCUUGGUCAUGUGGGCCGUGCCCAGCAGGUUACCUUGGCAAUGGUACCGUCUGUGAGGAUCUUGAUGAGUGUAUAGCUGUGUCAGAUGUUUGCUUUAAGGUGAAUCAGGUCCAUCGCUGUGUGAACACAAAUCCGGGUUUCCACUGCUUGCCAUGUCCUCCACGCUACAAAGGAAGUCAGCCCUAUGGGGUAGGGCUGGAAGUUGCCAAGAUGGAGAAGCAAGUCUGUGAACCUGAGAAUCCAUGCAAGGACAAGACACACAGCUGCCAUAAGUCUGCAGAGUGCAUCUAUCUGGGCCAUUUCAGUGAUCCUAUGUACAAAUGUGAAUGUAGGACAGGUUAUGCUGGCGAUGGACGCAUCUGUGGUGAGGAUUCAGAUUUGGAUGGCUGGCCUAAUAAUAACUUGGUCUGUGCUGCUAAUGCAACGUACCAUUGUGUGAAGGAUAACUGUCCCCUUCUGCCUAACUCUGGCCAAGAAGACUUUGAUAAAGAUGGCAAAGGAGAUGCCUGUGAUGAGGAUGAUGACAAUGAUGGUGUCGAAGAUGACAAAGACAAUUGCCCUCUUCUGUUCAACCCUCGUCAGUUUGAUUAUGACAAGGAUGAAGUUGGUGACCGCUGUGAUAAUUGCCCCUAUGUGCACAAUCCUGCUCAGAUUGACACAGAUAAUAAUGGGGAGGGUGACUCAUGUGCUGUGGAUAUUGACGGAGAUGACAUUUUUAAUGAACGAGAUAAUUGUCCUUACGUCUAUAACACAGACCAGAGUGAUACAGAUGGUGAUGGAGUUGGUGAUCAGUGUGAUAAUUGCCCAUUGAUGCAUAAUCCAGACCAGACUGAUGCGGAUAAUGACCUUGUUGGUGACCAGUGUGACAACAAUGAGGACAUAGAUGAAGAUGGCCACCAGAACAACCAAGAUAACUGCCCUUACAUCCCCAAUGCUAACCAGGCUGAUCAUGAUAAAGAUGGUAAAGGAGAUGCCUGUGAUCCUGAUGAUGACAAUGAUGGUGUCCCAGACGACAGGGACAAUUGUCGCCUCAGAUACAACCCUGAGCAGGAGGACACUGAUGGUGAUGGCAGAGGUGAUAUUUGCAAAGACGACUUUGACAAUGACAAUGUCCCAGAUAUUUAUGACGUAUGCCCUGAAAACAAUGCCAUCAGUGAAACUGAUUUCAGAAAAUUCCAGAUGGUCCCCCUGGACCCCAAGGGAACAGCUCAGAUUGAUCCCAACUGGGUUAUUCGCCACCAAGGCAAGGAACUGGUGCAGACUGCCAACUCUGAUCCUGGAAUAGCUGUAGGCUACGAUGAGUUCAGCUCCGUUGACUUCAGUGGGACGUUCUAUGUUAACACAGACCGCGAUGAUGACUAUGCUGGCUUUGUGUUUGGCUACCAGUCCAGCAGUCGGUUUUAUGUUCUGAUGUGGAAGCAGGUCACUCAGACCUACUGGGAGGACAAACCCACCAGGGCUUACGGCUAUUCUGGUGUGUCGCUCAAAGUAGUGAAUUCAACAACCGGUGCCGGUGAACACUUGAGAAAUGCUCUCUGGCACACAGGGAACACCCCUGGACAGGUGCGUACUUUGUGGCAUGAUCCCAAGAACAUUGGCUGGAAAGAUUAUACUGCUUACAGGUGGCAUUUGAUUCAUAGGCCUAAAACGGGAUUAAUAAAAGUUUUAGUGUACGAAGGGAAACAAGUCAUGGUGGAUUCUGGACCGAUCUAUGAUACAACCUUUGCUGGUGGACGAUUAGGUCUUUUUGUCUUCUCUCAAGAGAUGGUCUAUUUCUCUGACCUCAAAUAUGAAUGCAGAGAUGCUUGAGCAAUGGUUGCUGCAUUACCAGCAAAGUACUGUAAGUGCUAUGCAACCUGGACACCUCAGUACAUCCUGGUACUCCCAGUUUCUAUUUUUGUGUACCUCCUGUCCUCUGUCCUCGUGCUCCACUCACCAGGUACUUCCCUGCUGCCAGGAGUGCCUCAGCCAUCCCUCCACCCAAGUGCCUUCUCACAGCCAGGACUAAUGAAACCUAAACGUGAGCGUCUGACCCACCACUGAAGCAAAAGCAGAUUGAUAACAUUAGAACACUUUUGUAGAGUGAAAACUUAGCAAAACAUGUUUGUUUGUUUAUU